GGCCUGGGCCCUCUUUUACCUGUUCAGCUCCUUCACCUCCGAGCUGCCCUGGACCACCUGCGCCCACUCCUGGAACACAGCCGACAGCCCCGUGGGACUGUGGGUGAUAACUGACUGCCAGGCGCUAACUGCCCCCACCGUCCACCCACUGAGCCAGUGUUUACCGUGGGCCUACUGCGCGCCAGACCCCGGAGACCAGAGGAGCAUUGCAUGGACUUCCUGAACCGCUCCGCAGCCGGCACCACGGGCCCAUCCGAGAAUGUCACGUCCCCGGUCAUGGAAUUCUGGGAGAGACGUGUUCUGAGCAUCAGCCCUGGCAUCCAGCACCUGGGCGGCCUGCGCUGGGAGCUGGCCCUGUGUCUCCUGCUCGCCUGGGUCGUCUGCUACUUCUGCAUCUGGAAGGGCGUCAAGAUCACAGGCAAGGUUGUCUACUUCACAGCCACGUUUCCCUACCUGAUGCUGGUCAUUCUGUUGGUUCGAGGCGUCACCCUGCCCGGAGCCUAUGAGGGCAUCAUCUACUACCUGAAACCAGAUUUGCUUCGGCUCAAGGACCCCCAGGUGUGGAUGGACGCAGGCACCCAGAUCUUCUUCUCCUUCGCCAUCUGCCAGGGGUGCCUGACGGCCCUGGGCAGCUACAACAAGUACCGAAACAACUGCUACAGGGACAGCAUCGCGCUCUGCUUCCUCAACAGCGGCACCAGCUUCGUGGCUGGGUUUGUGGUCUUCUCCAUCUUGGGCUUCAUGUCCCGGGAGCAGGGCGUGCCCAUCUCUGAAGUGGCCGAGUCAGGCCCCGGCCUGGCCUUCAUCGCCUUCCCCAAGGCCGUGACCAUGAUGCCUCUGUCCCAGCUGUGGUCCUGCCUCUUCUUCAUCAUGCUUAUCUUCCUCGGGCUGGACAGCCAGUUUGUCUGUGUGGAGUGCCUGGUGACGGCCUCCAUGGACAUGUUCCCCAGGCAGCUCCGGAGGAGCGGGCGGCGGGAGCUCCUGAUCCUCGCCAUCGCGGUCACAUGCUGCCUGAUCGGGCUCUUCCUGGUCACUGAGGGCGGGAUGUACCUCUUUCAGCUGUUUGAUUACUAUGCCUGCAGCGGCACGUGCCUGCUCUUCCUUUCCGUGUUUGAGGUGAUCUGCAUCGGCUGGGUGUAUGGGGCAGACCGUUUCUAUGACAACAUUGAAGACAUGAUUGGCUACCGGCCGUGGCCCCUGGUGAAGAUCUCCUGGCUCUUCCUGACCCCUGGCCUUUGCCUGGCCACCUUUUUCUUCUCCUUGAGCAAGUACACACCUCUCAAAUACAACAAUGUCUAUGUGUACCCGGCCUGGGGAUACUUCAUCGGCUGGUUCCUGGCUGGCUCCUCCAUGGGCUGUGUCCCACUCUUCAUCAUCAUCACCCUCUUGAAGACCCGGGGUUCCUUCAAGAAGCGCCUGCGGCAGCUCGUCACCCCUGACCCCAGCCUGCCGCAGCCCAAGAGACACGAGUGUCUGGAUGGUGGCAACGGCCGGGACGGCGGGCCCGCCCCACUUAAGGAGGGCCUCAUGGCUGGGGAGAAGGAGACGCAUUUGUAGGAUGUGCCCGGAAGCCAGGUGGCUCUUGUGCCCCCAAGCGGACAGCUUCACCUCUGCCCCCUCCUGCAGCCUUGCCGAGAAACUCUGUGCUGUUGGUGGCAGCCCCUCCCGGGGAUGGAACUCAGCAUCUGAUCUGAGCCGGAGGUGGUCUUCCUGAAGCCCGCUGUCUGAUUAUGACAACUGCAGUGUACACGGGGGGGCGUGCCCUCUGUGGGGGGCUUCCUCUUACCAUCUCUGGGCUUGGAGAGGGUAGAGCCAUGUCAGACAUGACCACUGACACCCAUGCUGGAUCCCGAUGUUCUGCUGGAGGGGACCCCUCACCUGGCUUAGUGUCCUGGAGUCUACAGGGAGGAACCAAAGAAAGACACAGCCACUGUUGUCUGGCAUUUUCCUGGGGACGGGCUCUCAAGGCAUCCCCAGCUCCAGUCUGCCUUGCAGCGUUGUCCUCGAUGCAAGGAGUGUGGGGGUGGCAGGGGCUCAGGGUGGCACAGCCUGCACCCCGGACAGACAUUCCCCAGCUCAUGACCUUCUGAAGACAGAGCUCCUGGCAGCUGUUUGCCUUUCUGCCUUUGUCCCAACCCUGACAUCGUGGACGAGGAAACUGAGGACCUGAGAGACAAAGUCACUUUUGCAGUUCACACAGCUGCUCGGGGCCAGAGACACGACUAAAGCCUCCUGCUCUCAGGCCCGUGUCCCCCCUCACCUCCCUCUCCUGCCUUGUUAACAAGCCCCAUGGAGCGCUUGCCGCCUGUGCCA